AUGACAGAUGAAUGUACUGCUAAUAGACUGCGAGUAUCCUAUGCGCGCAUUCUUGUUGAAAUGGAUAUUACAAAGGAGCCUCCUCAAUCAAUCACCAUUGCUGAUCAUGAAGGAGAAAAGAUGCAACAAUCAAUUGAAUAUGAGUGGAGACCUUUAUUCUGCAACAAAUGUCAAAAGGUAGGUCAUUGUUGUGAUAAGCCUAAGAUGAGGAAACAAUGGAUACCUAGGAAUGUGAAGCAACCUGAAGCUAAUGUGAUGUCAAACAAGGCUGAGGAUGAUAAUCAAGGGCCUAUUGAAGUAGGAAAUGUCAAUAUGGAUAUAGUUCAGAUCAGGAAGGGUAAUGCUAGUACUACUGCUGAUGAGAGUCUUUCUAUCAGAAACAAGGAUGUGGAGACAGUUAUGGAAAAAUGGACUGAGGUUAUUAAAAGUGGUAGAGAUAGAGGAAAAAAGACAAGUAAUGUUGGUGCUGCAGGUGUGCUUUCGUAUGAUAAUGGGUUUGAUGCUCUAGAGAUUUUGAAGGAUCUCAUAGAGGCUCAAAACACAGGCCAAUGA